AUGUGGCUUAAAAUAAUACUCACACUCACCGAGGUCGUACCUCUGAGGGUGACGGCCCGAAGGCUGGCUUCCAGCGGCGGACUGACGGUGGAACACGACCGACAGAACCAGCGCUUCACCGCUUCCAUGUGCAGCGGAACCGGAGUCAACGAGAGUGCAACACUCAUCUACAGAUUCACAGCGCCAGAUGAGGUGGAUCUUGUGUCCACCUUUGUCCCGGAGGCUUGCAGGGGUCAAGGUGUGGCCGCGCUGCUGUCAAAGGCCGCCAUUGACUUUGUUCUGAAAGAGAAGCUGAAGGCUCGCGUGUCCUGCUGGUACAUCAAGAAGUACAUGGAGGAACACCCUCAUCCCAAUUAUAAUGAAAUUCAAAUCAGAUGA